AUGUACUUUUCCAAUGUCUCAUUUGAUGAGUUUGCAAUUGUUUUGAACUUGAUGAGUGGGGAUGAGAGGCACUUCUUAAAAGCAAAGAUGACAUAUUUUCCACACACCAUGAUCCUCAUUGUAUACUCCCCCCUCCCAGUACAUGACCAAAUGACAAGUGAGAUAUCGUCUGUGAUUUCAAGCGCGCUCCAUUCCCUGCUGUUCACACGAUCAUUGUUGAUGGUCAAUGUUAUACCCAGUCACAUCUAUUCAGAGGAUAUCUUCACUAUCCCUGAUAUGCAAAUAACCUUGACCCCUACCACCUCGGAGGUGGCGGAGACCAAGGUCCUUUGGUACACAGAGACUGUGUUUUCUCAAUCCAAACGUAUGGCCCUCAAGAAGAUAGAGAAAGUCCUCCUUACUCACCGCAAAAUCUUAUUCAUCCUUUUCAUACUCAUAUCCAAGCAAACUCAUUAUGAAGCACCCACAGAAGAUUCCCUCGCCUACAAUGAAGCACUUGCUGACAAAUCUCUCUGCCCAUACACCUUUUUUUCGCCACAUAGGGAUGCCAACAAGUUGUUUGGUCCCGUUAAAGCGAUGGACCAUGACUGGAUCAAUGUGUCUAAGGUCAAGUACUUUGUCUGGCUCAAGGAGGACAAUAAAGACAUCAAUAUCAACAAUCCUCACAUGGCUUACGGAACACUGUUUCUGGUGCUUGAUAUGGGUCAGAUCAGCAUUGCCUUGAACCAAGGCAUGGACAUGGUCAAAUCUGUGAUGCGCACCAAGUUAGAUGUCCUACAACCUGCCGUCAACCACACCAAUCUUCUUACACCAAGCGCGAUCGUAUUUGACUGGGACACAGAUAUUACCUUCAUGUCUGUUGCUGUGUAUAAGACGGCUCACUUUCGGUACUGUGACUGGUACCAUCGCAAUUUCAAUGGCACCAAGCAUCAUCGCAUGAACAACGGUGGUGAUGAGCCUAAGGCAGAGAGACCUUCAAACAGAAGGGUCAUCAUGUCAAGUUCUUCAGAGGGGACUAGUUCCUCUGGGGACGUGGAUUCUUCAGAGGGGACUACUUCCUCUGGUGACGUGGAUUCUGCGGAGGGGUCUAGUUCUUCUGAGGGGUCUGGUUCAUCUGCAGUUGAGUAA